AUGGCGACCGGAGAUGCUGAUCGGAAACGAUCGAGCGAUGCCUCUGACUCUCUCGCGACUGCUAAGCGCGUCAAGAAGGAAGACGGCGGUGACGACAAGCCCGCCGCCUACAAUCCUUACCUGGCGCAUCUAGAGGCCGAGAAGAAUGGCGGCUAUGCGAACAGCACCAUCCCGAAGGGCUCGCCCCUCGAGAAGUUCACGCGCCGAGAGACCACGGCAAAGCAGGCCUUCAAGGCCGAGGAUUCCGACAACAACCCUUUCACUGGCGAGCCGCACUCACAGCAGUACUUCAAGAUCCUGGACGGGCGCAGGAACCUCCCCGUCCACAAGCAGAGGCAAGAGUUCCUCGAUAUGUACCACAGCACCCAGAUCCUGGUCUUCGUCGGUGAGACGGGUUCCGGAAAGACAACCCAGAUCCCUCAGUACGUCGUGUACGACGAGCUGCCUCAACUCAACAAGAAGCUCAUUGCCUGUACUCAACCCCGUCGUGUUGCCGCCAUGUCCGUCGCCCAGCGUGUUGCCGACGAGAUGGAUGUCGAACUAGGCCAAGAGGUCGGUUACAGCAUCAGAUUCGAGGACAAGACGAGCCCGCGGACCAUGCUCAAGUACAUGACUGACGGUAUGUUGCUGAGGGAGGCCAUGCACGACCACAUGAUGUCCCGCUACAGCUGCAUCAUCCUCGACGAGGCCCACGAGCGCACUUUGGCUACCGAUAUCCUGAUGGCACUCUUGAAGCAGCUGGCCCAGCGCCGCCCGGACCUCAAGAUCAUUGUCAUGUCUGCCACCCUAGAUGCCCAGAAGUUCCAAAAAUACUUCUACGAUGCCCCACUUCUGGCUGUGCCUGGUCGUACUCACCCUGUCGAGAUCUACUACACUCCAGAGGCCGAGAACGACUACGUCGAAGCUGCCCUUAGAACGGUUCUUCAGAUCCACGCCACCGAACCCGAGGGUGACAUCCUCCUCUUCUUGACCGGUGAAGAGGAAAUCGAAGAUACCUGCCGCAAGCUGAGUCUCGAGGUAGAUGAGAUGAUCCGGGAAGCCGACAGUGGUCCCAUGGUUGUCUACCCGCUCUACGGCACGUUGCCCCCUCACCAACAACAAAAGAUCUUCCAGCCCGCCCCGCCGCCGCUCAAGAAGGGUGGCAGACCCGGCAGAAAGUGCAUUGUUUCGACCAACAUUGCCGAGACCAGUUUGACAAUCGAUGGUAUCGUCUACGUCGUCGACCCUGGCUUCAGCAAACAGAAGAUAUACAAUCCCCGCAUCAGGGUAGAGUCUCUUCUGGUUUCCGCCAUCUCAAAGGCCUCCGCUCAGCAGCGUGCUGGUCGUGCUGGUCGAACAAAGCCCGGAAAGUGCUUCAGGCUGUAUACCGAGGAGGCUUUCAAGAAGGAGCUGAUAGAGCAAACCUAUCCUGAGAUCCUGCGAUCAAACCUGGCAAACACUGUCCUGGAGCUGAAGAAGCUGGGCGUCGAGGAUCUUGUCCAUUUCGAUCUGAUGGACCCUCCUGCUCCCGAGACGAUGAUGCGUGCCCUUGAGGAGCUGAACUACCUUGCGUGCUUAGAUGACGAGGGUGAGCUGACGCCUCUUGGUAGCCUGGCAUCCGAGUUCCCUCUGGAUCCGACAUUGGCAGUCAUGCUUAUCUCGAGUCCCGAGUUCUACUGCUCGAACGAGAUGCUAUCGAUCACAUCGCUCUUGUCUGUCCCGAACGUGUUUGUGCGCCCUGCGAACAAGCGGCGGGAGGCCGACCAGAUGAAGGACCUCUUCAAACACCCAGAAGGUGAUCAUCUCACGAUGCUGAACGUCUACCACGCAUUCAAGGGAAUUCAAAACAGCGGAGAGGACCCCAAGCAGUGGUGCCACAAGCACUAUCUUUCGCAUCGACACUUAUCCAGCGCGGACAGUGUUCGUGCCCAGCUGAAGCGCAUUAUGGAGACGCAAGGCCUCGAGCUUAUGAGCACCGACUUCAACGAUAAGAACUACUAUACCAACAUUCGCCGUGCUUUGGUGGCCGGCUUCUUCAUGCAGGUUGCCAAGAAGGAGUCGAGCGGCAAGAUCUACCGCACCAUGAAGGACAACAAUCAGGCGGUCAUGAUCCACCCUAGCAGUGUCCUCCAGACUGAUUACGAGUGGGUGCUCUACAACGAGUUUGUGCUCACCACGAAGCAAUACGUUAGAACCGUCACUGGCAUCCGGCCAGAAUGGCUCCUGGAAAUUGCCCCUGUCUACUACGAUCUGGACUCCUGGGAUGGACAGAAGGAUGUCAAGCAGGCACUCAAGUCCGUUCAGGACAAGAUGAGACGUCGCGCAGCCAUGAAGGGUGGCCGUUGA